CGGUUGUUAUGGAGACACGGAGAUGCGAGAGGAUAGAGACGGGGUGCAUGAUAGAAACAUGUUAAUAUUCACAUGCAAAACAUUGUGGAGUACAUCCUAUGCAACGCCACGUCAAGCCAACCGCAAGCAAUACAUACAUGAGUGAAGAAACAACCGACGCUCCACUCCCUCCCACAAAGUCAGCGGAGAAAGUGACCACGCGCGCAAAAGUCCGACAACAAAACAACCCAGCAACACCAACGUCGAAGCACGUCGCCACACCAUCCAGGUGAGCAACAAAAACACCCCAAAACGGCGCAACAACG